UCUCUUUUUUCAUUUAGGCGAUAUCCCGUUGAAAUCUCAGGUUUGAAGAGCGCUCAACGGAUAAUGUCUCUACCGGAAGAACAAUAAAUGGGUGAAAAAGGAAAUAAUAUUGGUAGACGGAAAUUUGCAAAUGAAAUUCCGUUGGCCACGUAUAUACACGUGAGGAAAUCGUGACAAUGAGAGCGUGAUAUAGCGAUGAAACGCAGCGCUGCAUCGAAGCUCAUGGCGGGUCGAAAUUAUCUACCGCCAAGUGCACUGAAUCUCCGGGGCGACCCGCCUGAAAUCGGAGAUCAUCGACGUAUCUUCCCACCGCGACCACGACUUCAACCGUCGGUCAUAAUGGAGGAACUUAUCGCUUCCCAGCACCGCGAAAUUCAAGCACUUUCACAUGAAAGGCAAAGUCUCGCCGCCUCGCAUGUCCGUCUGAAGCGGAAGCUCUCCGCCGCUCAGAAGGAGCUCCAACACCUAGCUGUUAUAGCCUCCUCCGUCGAGGCUGAGGAAGAUGCGAGGGUGCGUGAGGCCUAUGAGAAGUCACUUGGAAUGGAAGCCCAGGUCCUUGCACUCAACAAGCUCCGAAAUGAGUUGGCACAGGUUAACGCGGAUGCAGAGAACAUGAGUGCCCGCCGCAAAGACCUUGUUUCUAAGUUGAAUGAGAUUGAGGAUGCGCUCAUGGGGGUUCUUUCGGAUUUGGUGCAGAUUCUGGGGAUCAAAGCUAAAGUUCAGGCCAUGCACAAGGAACUUCAAAGAGGGAGGUAUUUCAGUAGCACAGAUUUAUAUAUUCAGCUGCGUGAAAAUGUGAAAUUGACAUUUCGAUUAUGUAAAUAAUAUGGUGUAUUCAGUCAUUCAUAAUGGGUUGAUGCACUACUAAUGUAUGUGUAUUUGUGUAAGUAUUUCCCGUUUGCAGAUUCGUUGAAAGCAAAAACCCUCAUGGGUCCAGGUAAUGCUAACAAUGUAAAAGUUUAUUUGUGUAUCUGAUUAUGUUAAAAAGUGCAGCAAUAGUGCUGCUGAAUGACUUAAUCCACACUUUGAAAAGAAAUAUAACAUGAAGAUAAGGGAGACCUAUCCGGAUACAUCAUACACAUCUGCUAUUCAGGGAGCAUAUGCGGCUAUGCAUAGAUGUAGCUGUAUCGUGUAACAGUAGCUCACUAGCUCAUAUAACCCAUGCAUAGCACUAGAUCAACUCAAUGUGAUUUGUUCACAGGGAGAGCCCUCUUUGGCUGCCUCAUGUUGCUUUUGUGUUAAUGCCUGCCAAAAGUGUCCAGAAGAGGUUUUGCGUUAACUAAUUUCCUCUCGCUUGGUGUAGUGACUGACAUAUUAGAGCAUGUCUUUGCCAACUUGAUGCACUUUAAUUCGCAUAGGCAUUCAACUUUUAGGAUUAACCUUUCAUCUUGAAAGUCAAUAAUGUACAUUCUCAAGUGUUGUCUUCAUCUAUUAACUAGAUUUUUGGGGAUAUGGACAUGGACAGGGAUGCUGUUGAGUAUGAAAGGAAAAUGAAAGUCGUUAACCUUAAACAGAGUGGCAUAAUGGAGAUGAAUAUGGUUCGUAUUUGUGCUGAAAUAGAUACGUUACGCGUUGAAGUUGUAGAUGCAGAGAAGAGAGCAAUGGCUGCUGCUGCUGCUGCUUCACUCACACCAAGCAGCUUUGCUCAAGACAAUUAUGGAACCCGCGAAGGUGGAUAUGGUGAAAAGUUGUGCCUUAGUCCUUGUGCUGCUCACCAGUUUCAUGUUUUGUCUUCAUAAUAUGGCAUAUAUGUUUUGUGGAACAUCUUUCAUUUAAUUUUGACACCGCUCAAGUGAUAUGUAUAUGAUAGAGAGUAGUAUCAUCCUCGCCACUCAGAUGUAGUGGUCUUCCACAUCUAGUUAUUUAAUACAUCAGUCUGUCCAAAUUAGAGCCCGUAUAGUAAGGGAUUUUCAGCUGAUAUAGCUAACUGCUGAUUUUUCUAAAAGAACAACGUUUUGUAAAUACAUUUUCAGCUAAUGAGCAUGUUAUGGCCAUUUGUUAUUCUUCUGAUAAGCAAAAUUAACC